AUCUUUAAAUGUACAUAAAGUAAUCUAUAGUGAAAAUAAAAGUACAGCAUAAACUAAUGACGUAGUUCACAAGCACAUUACCGGAAGUUUUGAAAAACGUCUGAUACACAAAUUAUUUUGAAUUUUUUGGCAUGUUAUACGAAUCUGAUCAUGCCUAAGGUAAUAUCUAGAAGUGUAGUGUGUACAGACACAAAGGAUGAAGAAGAAUAUCAAGGAGAGAAACCGCUAUACGUGUACUACUGCCUCUGUGGACAAAUGACCCUAAUUUUAGAUUGUCCUACUGAGAAGCUCCCUCUUAGGAGGCGGGACCAAAGCAGAGUGAUUGACAGACAUAAACAUGCCCAUAAGAUAACUGCUGAUGAUGAUGAAGUUAUACAUUUAAAAAGACCCGAUGGUAUAGAGAGGCAAUACAGGAAAAAAUGUAAAAAGUGUGGUUUAUGGCUGUAUUACCAGCACCAGGAUAAAGGCGCAACUGUUACAUUUAUAGUCGAUGGGGCUUUAAAGAAGGCUGGAGAAGGCCCAGUUAAGGCCAACAUAUACAGCCAGAUCUCAGACAGUACAGAAGCUAAAAAGGUUCAGAUCAAGAAGCACACUAAGGAGAUGGGCAAGUUCAGUUCAGUUACCAUAUCAACAGUAGAGGCAGAAGAAGAAGAACUUGAAGCUAAAGAGAUAGCUGAUUCAUAUGCAUCCAACGCUGCAGUGAUACAGAAACAAAUGCUCAGGAAAGGACUUGGGAAGAGAAAGGCUUUAGAACAGGCUGAGGAAGCGAAGAAAAUGCGAACAAAGGGAACCCUCAUUGACAAAUAGAGAUGGGAUUAUGAUUUAGAAGUGAAUAAGGACACAAAUAAGGCUAGUGUAUAAGACUCAAAACUAGCAAAGGUGCUAUCAAUAGCUAUACUGAAACAGAGAUUUUCAGUGUCUAAUACUAGCUUUACUGAAAUAUCAAGGGCUGUGAGAAGGGAUGUCUAGGUAUAUACGAGAGUUGUCAAUUGUUGGGAGAGACUCUCAAUAGCCAAAGGCCUUGUUUUAAGUGACUCUUACUUGCUGGUCCUGCGAAAAGACAUGCCUUAAUGAUUUUAGCUAUAAGACAUG